CUAGUUCUCAGUGCGCUCACUGCGCUCAGUUGCACUCCGACGAUUCCGGUAGCUUUUCGCUCGCGUUUACAAAGCGUAGCGCCGCGCAUCGUUCCACCUGCGCCCGAGCAGCCAUUAUCUACCUGUCCGUCGAGCGCGCAGGUAGCAACUUUUUUGUAUUCUCUUCGUGCGUUCAUUUAGGGGGCGAGUCGCGCCGUCCGCCGAUAAUUACAUUAGCGCGUUUUGUUGGUUUUGUUGGCGUCGGAUCUCGUGUGCGUGGGUGUUGCCAACAAAUAAUCCGUGCGUUUCCUUGGCAACGUGUGGUGUAAUUGUAAAUACCAUCGAUUAAUUACAAUCGUGAUUCAUUGCUGUAAUGUGUUGUUAUUUUCAGUGCAAUAAAAACUAAAAAUUUAUCAGAAAUAAAUCAUGUGAUGAGUGUGAAUUAGCAUAGUGUUGUGCGCGUGCGAAUUUGACUAAAAGUGAUUCAGUGCAGUGAUAAAAUAUGGAAAUGUCGUGUCGAAGGUGGAGCAACAAUAGCAACAGCUUUUCGUUUACGUGCAUAGGACUCCUUCUACUCUUGACCAUAACAAAAUCACAUGCACAAUACUAUGGUCCCUCAGACCAACCCGAGGCCUACUUCAAUGGGUCCUCCUACAUCCGCCUGGAGACAACCAUAUCACUCAAACGAUUAACUGGUAUGUCCUUCCGGACAUGCGCUGGAGGUGAACUGAUCUCACAACAACUCAACGACAACAUCUUCCAAAUCUCCGUCAACAUGGACGGCCUCAACUACUACGCCAAAACAACUGGUAGGCAAUACAAAGCGCUCAUUCCUGGUAUGUUCCUGAAUAACCAAUGGCACAAUGUCAUGUUACACUAUGGAUUUGGUAAUCUUACUCUACGCAUCGACGGCGAUGAAGAACUACUUGCAAACUCAACUCAUCAGAAUGAUUUACUAAGUGGGGAUCUGUAUAAUGAUGGUGCGGUCCUGAUUGUUGGUAAACACUACAACGGGUGUAUCCUGGAAGGUCCCUCAAUCAACUUCAACAAGUCCAGUAUUCAGGCCCAUAGUGUCGCCUUUACAAAAUGUCCCAUCCCCAGGGAUACCUGUCAAGUUCGUCAGGAUGUAAAAAUGCCUCGCGCGUUUGAUUUCUGUCAAACAGACCCAUGUCUCACACAUGGUGUGUGCAAGAACGAGGUAAACACCUACAGCUGCGAAUGUUCCCCACGGUACGCCGGGAAAAACUGUGAGAUUGACUUGGGGAACCCUUGUGAUGCGGUACCACCAGUUUGCAAGAACGGCGCUGUGUGUAUCGAUGACAUAUCCGGUAACUUCAAGUGUAAUUGUCCAUCUGGGUUCACGGGGAAGAUGUGUGACACUGAAGUGAAGAUAAACCCGCUGUGUUUAAACAACCCAUGUCAAAAUGGCGGUGUGUGCCAGGUGCGCGAUGAUUCCGUCGAGUGUUUGUGUCCCAGUGGGUUCCUGGGAGCUAAAUGUGAAGUCAACGUCAAUGAAUGUGAUUCAUCACCUUGCCGCAAUGGAGGUUUGUGUAUUGAUGGUCCCAAUAACUUCACAUGUGAUUGUGCUCAUACUGGAUACAAUGGGGUUACCUGCGAGGAGAAUAUUGAUGAAUGCCAGGCGAAACCCUGCUUGAACCGUGGGAUCUGUUAUGAUACUUAUGGCAGCUACAUGUGUCAAUGUUUAAUGGGUUUUGAUGGUCUCAACUGUGAAAUUAAAAUCAGUGAUUGUAAGCUACAACCCUGUUUUAACCAUGGUAAAUGUGAGGAAAAGAAUGGCCGCUACGAAUGUCAUUGCCCACCUGGUUAUGGUGGUUACCAUUGUGAGAUGGAGCUUCGCGCAGCUGGUUCCUCCUGUGAUGAGCACUUCUGUGGACCUUUAGCUGAAUGCACAGAGAUAUCAGGUGUCCCUACAUGUGCCUGCAAAGCAGAAUAUGGUGGAGUUUACCCAAAUUGUGUGAACAGUAACUGUCCCCCUGGGUACACAGGUGACCGUUGUCAGAUUUCUUUGGAUGAUUGCACAAAAUUCGCUUGUUUGAAUGGCGGUUCCUGUAUUGAGACCUCAACAGGGUACCAUUGUGAUUGCCCUAAGACCCACGUGGGUGCCAUGUGUGAACGAUCCAUAAAAGCAGCCUCCUGCGAGUUUAAACCCUGUCAAAACAACGCCACAUGUCAUCAGGACCCAAAUGGUCGAGAUUACACCUGCGUGUGCCUACCAGGUUUCGAAGGCAACAACUGUGAGCUAGAUAUUGAUGAUUGUCUAGGUGUGACAUGUCCCACAGGUAAAAUCUGUGUGGAUAUGAUCAACGCGCAUGAAUGUCAAUGCCCCGAGGGUUUUACUGGUGAUUCAUGCCAGAUAGACAUUGGUCAGGACCCAUGUGGGGUUAAUCCAUGCCAAAAUGGCGAGUGUAACCCUUCACCACCCGGUGGUCAUCAUAAUUACACCUGUACCUGUGCAUCUGGUUACCAGGGAUUCAAUUGCGAUAAGGAUAUCAACGAAUGUGAGUUACCUGGUGUGCCAAUUUGUAAUAAUGGUAUCUGCGUCAACAAAGAGGGCAGUUUUCAAUGCUACUGCAAACCAGGUUAUACAGGGGAAAGAUGCAACCUUGAUUUUGAUGAAUGUUUGUCCCAACCAUGCAAGAACAACGCAACUUGUAUCAACAAAGUGAAUAACUACGAAUGUGUCUGCCCACCUGGUUACCAAGGGAAAGAUUGUAACAUUAACAUUGAUGAGUGUGCUAGUAAUCCCUGUAUGAUGGGAUCAACCUGCGUGGAUGGGAUCAAUAAGUUUACUUGUCUCUGUCAAGCUGGGUUAACAGGUGUGCAGUGUGAGAUUGAUAUUGAUGAUUGUUUAUCUUCGCCAUGUUUACACGAUGCGAUGUGUAUCGAUGGGCUAAACAUGUAUACCUGCAACUGUACAGAUACAGGUUAUACAGGUGAACACUGCGAGAUUAAUAUCAAUGAUUGUGUUUCGAAUCCCUGUCAGAAUGGGGCUUUGUGUAUUGAUUUAGUUAAAGAUUACAUGUGUGAGUGUUUCGAUGGUUAUGUUGGUAAGAACUGCCAGGAGGAUAUCAACGAAUGUGAAUCCUCACCAUGUUUGAAUANUGGUGUGUGUCUUGAACGCAGUAAUGCAACACUCUAUGAUACAACCCUGGAAUCCAACGCGAACCUACCUGCAGUGUUCCGGAAGCAGUUUGAGUUCCAUAAUGCUUCCGGGUAUGAAUGUAUGUGCGUUCCUGGUGUUAUUGGAGAAAACUGUGAGAUCAACGUCAACGAAUGUGAUUCCAACCCUUGUCGGAGUGGUACCUGCGUUGAUAAGAUAGGAAUGUAUAUCUGUGAAUGCGAUGAGGGUUUUGAAGGUGCCCAGUGCGAGAUAGACAUCGAUGAGUGUGAGAAAUAUCAACCGUGUGUCCAUGGGUCUUGUAUUGAUAAGAGGGCGAAUUAUUUCUGUGACUGCGAGGCGGGUUACGGAGGAAAGAACUGUUCAGUUGAAUUGACAGGAUGUCGUGAGAAUCCCUGUCAGAAUAAUGGUACCUGCAAGCCGUACCUUGAUAAUGAGACAAUGCAUAAGUUUAAUUGCACGUGUCCACAUGGUUUUCAUGGUCAUACCUGUGAAAGGGUUACCACGAUGUCCCUAGCUGGUAAUUCCUUGUUGGUUGUGAAUACUUCUAGGGAUGAAGGUCAUGAUAUCCAAUUCAGGUUCAAGACCACUUUGGGAGAUGGUUUCCUAGCGUUGGGUAAGGGAUCCACCUAUUAUAUUCUGACUCUGGCAAAGGGUAGACUCAAUUUACAUUCGUCCCUGUUGAAUAAGUGGGAUGGAGUGUUUGUUGGAAGUAAUCUCAAUGACAGUAGCUGGCAGAGGGUGUUUGUCGCUAUCAAUUCAUCCCACCUGGUCCUUUCUGCGAAUGAUGAGCAAACCAUCUACCCAAUCAACUAUAACGAUAAUAAUGGAUCAUCCACCAGUUUCCCUACGACCUAUUUUGGUGGUUAUCCCAAUAAUCACAGGAAACUAGCCCAUGUCCAACCAUUUUUGGUUGGUUGUGUUGAAGAUAUCAUCGUGAACGGAGAAUGGGUCCUCCCUGAUACCCAAAACGCCUCCUGGGUGGGUUUCCAGAAUGUAGUCACCGGUUGUCAUCGAGAACCACAAUGUGAACCCAAUCCCUGUCACUCAGGUGGUCAUUGUACGGAUUUAUGGAGCAAUUUCAGUUGUACCUGUGAAAGACCUCAUCUUGGGUACAACUGUCAGUACAAUUACACAGCAGCUACCUUUGGUUAUGAAAAUAUCACAGAUUCUUUGGUAACGGUCACAGCGACAGACGCAGCUCGACGUGCGAUAAGGUCCAUUGUAGAUAUCUCAAUGUUUGUACGUACAAGACAAUCACGUGGACAAAUCUUUUAUCUGGGAUCUGCGUUGGGUUCUGCCAAUCUACAGAAUGAGAGUUACAUUGCCGCCCAGCUUGAAGGUGGGGAACUUUUAGUGCGUAUUCAGUUCAAUGGGACAUUUGAAGCGUAUACUGUAGGUGGAGUGAAGUUGAACAAUGGUCAUGAUCACUUGAUUCAAGUGAUUCGGAAUGUUACACUGGUCCAGGUUAAACUAAAUGGUACCGAAUACUUCCGGAAGACUAUAUCUGCCACUGGGACAUUGGAUGCACAAGUAUUAUUCCUCGGGGGACAACCUCAACUGAGACCUGUACGUCAGACCAAUGAUUUCAGCAAAUCUCCAACUUCAACAGCUGAAGUAACAGCUGCUACUGGUCCUGCCGCGGUCACCACCCCUCUGAGUAUGAUCCACUUCAAAGGGAUCAUUCAGGAUGUGCAAAUUAGUGAUGGGCAGAAGAUAAUGGUUGUCGAAUUCUUCCCUCUACAAGCUGAAGAACUUUCCAUUCCAACUGUUAGUUUUGGUACUGUCACCUUUGACAAUGCUACAGUUUUAGAAGGUAUUUUGUCUGAUGAUUCAUGCCGGAUCCAACCAUGUCAUCGUAAUGGUAAAUGCAUCAACACCUGGAAUGAUUACCGUUGUCAAUGCCCACAUGGAUUCAAAGGCAAGGACUGUAUAGAGUUAGAAUUCUGUGAGUUGGAAAGAUGUCCAGAUGAUUCAACCUGUAGAAACCUAGAAAGUGGUUAUGAAUGCGCAGCGAAUGCAACGUUUGAUGGUGAAGCCAAACCAUUAAUGUACAACCUGACAACGCCAGAUAACAAACAUUAUAGUGCUGAUUCCAUUGAGGUUACAUAUCGUACCAGAUCCUGGGGUACUGUCCUUUUUGCCAAGUACCUGGAGAAAUACUUUACCAUUUUUAUCUAUCACGAUGAAGUGGUUGCCGAAUGGAAUCUGGGAACGCAAUUUGAAACUCGCAGAUUCCGAAAGGAGCAUUUUGAUGGUCAAUGGGUGACACUCCUCUUCAAAUACAAAGAUUCCAUGCUCAAAGGAGGUUUCAAGGAGCAUGUUUUAGACGACACACCGGAUUUCACCACGAAUGAUUUCGAUUUUGGAAAUUUUAACGAAAUAUUCACUCGUGGUGUUAUCUACAUCGCUGGUUCUGAUAACAAAACCUUUGAUUACCGUGAGGUAAUCAAAAGUACGGAUUACAAUGGUACCAGCUAUGUUACCCUGGCGGAUACAACCACUCAGGACCCAGUGAUUGUGAGCAAUUCAGUUGAUUUCAUGGAUAAUACAUUCCCUUCAUACAAAAUAGACUUGAGCAGGAAUUCGGAUCAAUUUAAGGGAUGUCUGAGUGACAUACGUAUUGGUAGAUUACUAGUGCCUUACUAUUCCACUGAUGAAUUGUUCAAUCAAACAAGACCUGAGGAGUACUUCACUCAGUUUGAGAACGCAGAGAAAACAAUCGGGUGUUUACUGUGUUACGAGAAGGAUUGUUACAACAAUGGCCGCUGCAUUGAACCAAACAGCACUUAUAAAUGUCAAUGUCCCGAUGGUUAUGCAGCUGAUGAUUGCAGCAUUGAUAUUAAUGAAUGUGAAGACAAUAAAUGUGAGAACAACGCUACCUGUGUGGAUCUCAUUGGGAAAUAUGAGUGUGAAUGUCAACUUGGCUACGAUGGCACUUAUUGUGAACAUGAUAUUGAUGAGUGUGCAAGUGGGCCCUGUCAUAAUGGAGGAAGUUGUAUUGAUCUCUUGGGGAUGUUCCGUUGUGAAUGUCCUGAGGAUUAUGUUGGGAGACAAUGUGAGGCUCUACGACUGAUUACAUGUGAUAAUCAACCUUGUAAAGAUGGCUCCACGUGUCGAAAUGGCAAAAACGAAAUGACACACAACAACUUCACGUGUCUCUGCGCUGAAGGUAUGGUCGGUACCCUGUGUGAUACGCCAUAUUGUUUGGUGAAAUCCCAUGGUUGUGAACACGAUGGCCUUUGCAAUACAACAAACCGAGUUCCUUUCUGUCAAUGUCGCCUGGGUUACGAAGGAAGACAUUGUGAGAUUGACAUUGAUGAAUGUAUGGAUGAUCCGUGCCAAAAUGGCGGACAAUGUAUCGAUGGCGUAGGGAGAUACACUUGUAACUGUACAGGUACAGGGUAUGAAGGUACAAAUUGUGAGAUUGAUGAAGAUGAGUGCACAGACAUCCCCAAUAUCUGUGGGGAUUUGGGGAAGUGUGUUAACAUGCCGGGGAGUUACCGGUGUGAUUGUAUGAAUCGACGCUGUGGACACCAGUGCAAACUGGAUGAUCCAUGUAUUAUCAAUCCUUGUGAGCAUGGAAUCUGUCACAGUAAAUGUGCGUAUGAAGCUGCUUAUGAUUGUGAAUGUGAACUUGGAUGGGAAGGGAAGAAUUGCAGUGAAGCACAGAUUGAGGCAGCGUCCACAGGCAAUUUUGACAUCCUAUACGUGAUUAUACCAGUCGUGGUCGUUGUCCUGUUGAUAGUUGUGGUUGUUACCGUUGUUUUGGUAAACGUUGCACGCAGUAAACGUGCGACACGCGGUACCUACAGCCCCAGCGCUCAAGAAUUCUGUAAUCCACGUGUGGAACUUGAUCAUGUGCUCAAGCCUCCGCCCGAAGAACGACUUAUUUAAGUAUUUUUCUAUAAACAUUCCAAUUUGAACUGAAUGUGAUGCAAACACACGAGAUUGUACAUAAAAUGGAGGGACUCAAAUGUUUAUGUUAUGUUUAGACUAAUUUAGACUAUGCGAUGACAAUGAUAUUUAUUUCUAACUUCUAAGAGUGAAUAGGCAGAGUAAAUGUUAUUUUUGAUGUUCAUGACAGGACCAAAGUUUGUAAAUAGCGUUUUUAGUUUAAGUUACACGCAGACAUUUUUAUACAACUUUACAUAUUGUGGUGUGCCUUAUGUACUUAAGAAUUUCGUAUGAAUCUAUAACCAGUUUUCUCAAAGUAACAGUAUUUUGUAAGCAAUGUUGAUAAUUGUACUUAAUUUAUAUUAAUAACGAAAUAAGUAUGAAUAUUUUUGUCUUGAAUAGAUUAAUUGAUUAAAUGAAAUGAUACAGUAA